AGUUAAACGACGCAACCUAAAACCCACCCACCAAAGCAUCUCUCUCUCCCUCUUAUCCACAGAUCAAAUUCAGAAAUCCAAAAAAUUUUCCUUUUCUGCUCAUGUGAUUUUUGAUAGACCCUGUUAGCUUCUGAGAGUUUGGUGGAAUUAGGGUUUUGGUUUCUGACAAGCUACCUGGCAGAAGGUGGAGAUUCAGAGAGGCGAAGACCCAUUUUAGGGUUCUGCUUUUUUGCAGCUUUUUUCCCUGGUUAAAGAAUUCGAUUGGCUGUGUUCUUGGUUUCAGGUCUGGUUUACGGGUUUCGGUUGUGAGCCAAGGGCUCGGAAGAAGAGCGGUGUGGGAAAUUAUGAUGAUGUUCAACGAGAUGGGAAUGCGUGGGAACAUGGAUUUCUUCUCCUCUGGGCCUCUUGCGGAAGUGGAUCUUUGUCCUGCACGACAAGCUGGAACCGAGUCUUUUGUGGAGGAUGACUUUACCGAGGAAGAGAUCGAUGUGGAUGAACUGGAGAGGAGGGUGUGGAGGGACAAACUCCGCCUUAAAUGUCUCAAGGAGCAGAGCAAGAGUAAGGAAGGAGUUGAUUCCGCCAAGCAGAGGCAGUCGCAAGAGCUAGCGAGGAGGAAGAAGAUGUCAAGGGCCCAAGACGGGAUCUUGAAGUAUAUGCUGAAGAUGAUGGAAGUGUGUAAAGCUCAAGGUUUUGUUUACGGGAUCAUCCCCGAGAAUGGAAAACCCGUGACAGGUGCCUCUGAUAACCUUCGGGAAUGGUGGAAGGAUAAGGUGAGGUUUGAUCGGAAUGGUCCAGCUGCUAUAGCAAAGUACCAAGCCGAGAAUAAUAUCCCUGGGAGUAAUGAGGUUAAGAAUCCAAUUGGGCCAACACCGCACACACUGCAAGAACUUCAAGAUACGACUCUGGGGUCUCUCUUAUCGGCUUUGAUGCAACACUGUGACCCUCCACAGAGGCGGUUUCCAUUGGAGAAGGGAGUUCCUCCGCCAUGGUGGCCUUCGGGGAAGGAGGAGUGGUGGGCUCAACUUGGUUUGCCAAAGGAUCAAGGCCCUCCACCGUACAAGAAACCUCAUGAUUUGAAGAAGGCAUGGAAAGUCGGUGUCUUGACUGCUGUUAUCAAGCAUAUGUUUCCAGACAUUGCUAAAAUCCGGAAGCUCGUGAGGCAAUCCAAAUGUUUGCAGGAUAAGAUGACAGCCAAAGAGAGUGCUACUUGGCUGGCCAUCAUUAACCAAGAAGAGUCCCUGGCACAAGAGCUUUAUCCCGAGUCCUGUCCUCCUAUUUCUUCAUCUGGAGGAAGUGGGUUGCUUUUCGGCAAUGAAUGUAGUGAGUAUGAUGUUGAAGGUGUUGACAAGGAGCCCAAUUACGACAUGGAAGAGCACAAACCAGAGAAUGUGAUCAAUCCUCCAGACUUCGGGAUGGCUAAUAUGCAUAUGGUCCAACAGCAUUUCUCGGUUAAGGAAGAACUCAUCACCGCUAACAUGGAGUUCGUGGGAAAGAGGAGAUCAGAUGGUGAUCUAAACACAGUGAUGAACCCUAGAAUCUUCACUUGUCAAAGUCCUCAGUGUCCCCACAGCGCAAUCAAUCUAGGAUUUCAAGACAGGGGCACAAGGGACAACCACCAACUGGUGUGUCCAUACCGAGACAGUUGUUUAGCAUAUGGAGCAUCUAAGUUUCAGGUCGGGGAAGUAAAGCCUGCAGUUGCACUACAACCCUGUACUCAGUCAAGGCCAGUGGCCAUGCCCAUGAACUCGGCAGCUCAACCCAUUGAUCUAACAGGCCUCGGGGUGCCAGAAGACGGGCAGAAGAUGAUCACUGAGCUCAUGGACAUGUAUGACAGAAACGUCCAGAACAACCAAGCUUCUUCAAUGGUGGAAAAUGAAAGCAUGAUGCUUCAGCCAAAAGCCCAGAAUCAUCAAGAACAGAACCAGUUCGGAAACAGAGAUGGAAACAUGGUCGAAGGAAGUUUCUUUGAAGACCUGAACUUCCCAAACAGCUGCAACAACAACAACAGCAGCAGUCAAAUGUAUAUGCAAGGAAACAGCGAGUUCAAGUUCAUGUCCUCCCCAUUCGCUGCCACCCAGAACAGUGACGACAACAACGGCAGCAGCAACAGCCCAUUGGAGUUUGUGUUCGAUUCUACACCGUUCGAUCUGGCAUCAUUUGACGACAGGAACGAUAUGCAAGCAGUAGGGAUGGAGGGAAUGCCGCCGAAGCGGCAAGAGCGAGAUGUGUCGAUAUGGUUCUGAAGCAAGUCAUAUGUAACAUUAUCAAUUAUGUAAUGUGUUCGGUAGCGACUCGUAAAUCUGUGCUAGUGUUGUCGGCAAGUGAAUCUCUCCACUUGACCUGUGGAAUCUUUAGUUACUGUUUCCAGAAUGUUACCCGACUUUGUAAAAUGUUGUUGGGGAUCUACAUUUAGGUGUUUUGCAAUAAAUGAUUGGUUGAAUGGUCGCAGAUA